AUGUCCGCAUCCAAGUCAUUCCCUGGGGAACUUCUCUUCUCUGAGGAAGAUUAUUCCAAGUUCUGCAAGUGGCAGCACAGGCAAGGCCACUCCAUCGUACAGGGUCACAUCAUGCACGCGCUUGACUACUAUGCCUUCAUGGAGCACCUGAACGGGAAGGAAUGCAUCAAGGAGGUUGACCCGGUCCACGAGGUCUGCGGUAUGAAGGUCGCUACGGCAUGUGGCCACGCCAUCCAUCCGCUUGAUGGCAUGACGGAAGGCUACUGCCCGGUCUGCGAAAUGCGCAUCUACUUGACAUAUCUCAACGCUAUCGUCGACGCUUGGGAGGAAUGCGGCGGACCAUGGAAAACAGGUACCUUGGAAGAUAAGAAAGAGUGUCACGCUUUCCGCGGAGGAUGGCACAUGGCGCGCCUUGAACUCGAGCAGAUGAUGGCGUGCCACGUCGAAUCGGCUGAUGAGGAGGUAGAGUGGGAAAGGAAGCAUUCUGACCUUGCCCUUCAUGCACAGGACACUAACUCCGCUUCCAAAGCCGUGCGGCUGGCGCAAGAAGGAUGCAAGUACCCUGCGAAGCUUGCGACACCUGGAACGUACCCUUAUCAUCUCCGGCGCGAAAAUGCUCAGGCGAAGAAGAAGGUCAGCUUUUCACCCGAUACCAACUUCCGUCCCCGCCGCCAAAAGUCCCUGUACUCGCGCAGAAGUGAAUACUAUGAGGCUGGGCCGCACUCCUGCGAACCACCGGAAGCAGUGGUGGAUACGUCAGGUUGCACCCAGCCAUUGUGGAACCUUCGCCAGAUGAAGGUCUUGACUACCACUAGCCAAGAAGAGUUUGACUACUGGAAUGACCAUUCCCGGCGUGUGCCUGCUGGCAAAGAAAUUGCUGCUUUCCACCCCUUGUGGAAGGACAUCCGCAAAUUCUUCGCCAGCUGCAUUGUUCGGAGGGAUGCUGAGGUUAGGAAAGGCUUUGAGAAGAUGUGCGAGGAGGCGGAUCAGAUGGUCUUGUUGAUCAAGAACGGCGCCGUGGAGGAUGUGUUCCUGAUAUCGUCUCCGCAUGCUGAAGAGGAGGAUAGCCAGGAGACCGAGAGGGUCCUCCGUGGAGGUGGAUGGACGUCACUGAAGGACUGCUUGUAG